AUGUCUCAAUUCGCUCUCGGUUCCAAGCCAUAUGGCAACCAUUCCGGUCCGAGCUUGAAGCUGAAGCCCAGGAACGCCCGGGUACUGAUUCCUCUAAUGGCCACUGCCGGUCUCGGAUUUGGUGCUUACAAGUAUUACAUCGAGGCCAAGUCACGGAGAGAAAUGUCCAUUCUGGAAGAAGAGAAACGCCUGGCACGAAACCAACAGUUGAUGGACGCAUACGGCGACAAAAACAGUCUACAUGACGUUCAACAAGCCCUCGAUACAUAUAACGUUCAAUGA